AUGAACCUCAUGUCGGACCGUUGCUAUGAGAGGAAACCACACCAAAUGCCUACUCAGGUGCCCAAUCUCGGUACCACAAACACUGUGCGGCAGACCACUCCCGCUCGGUUCACACGGACAAAAAUACAAAUUUCGACGCCAGAUACCCUCGACAAGAUACCCGAAUACACUAUCAGCAUUGAAGGCUUCAAAUGCCAGACUUAG